AUGGUGGCGCCUGCGCGCGCGUCGUCGCUUUCCGCGGACGCGUACGCCCGGCGUCUCGCUGGCAGCUCGUCGGGGAAGCGCCUGUCGCUGCUGUCUUUCUCUCCUGCGUUCUCGCGAGUGUCUACGCUUUUCGCUGUGCCAGCCUCUCUGUGUGUACUCUUUCUUGCGUCUUCGUGCUUCUCAUUGCCGCCGACGUCGACACCGACGUCGUCGCCGGCACACGCUUCUCACCUCUCGCUCUCCACCUCGAGCCCGUCUGACCGGCGCGCGCAUGCGUCCUCGUCGAGUUCGGGGGCGAACACCCACAGCUACGCUUCCUCCGUGCCGCACUUCUCCUUCGCGGAGGGCUCGGAUACGGCUCUGGGGGUGUCUCCGCUGUCGCCGGGAGGCGGACAUUUGCCGGGCAACAUCAAGAGCGUGAUGCUCCGGGUCGAAGGGGAGGACGGCCGAUUCUACAACCUCGACGUGGCGUCGGUGUACGCGGUUGCGCCGACGCCCGGCUCGCAGGGCGCCCCGGUACUCUACCCGGCGUCUGCGGGCGCUGCUGCGCUGCCCCCCGCGACCGCCGCGGGUGUACAGGCCCCGGAGGAGAAGAGCAGCAUGUGGAAGAUGGUGGGACAGCACGCCGUGAGCACGGCUGUGGCGUCCUUUCUGCUGCUCGCCAUGGGCGAGGCCUACAGCUGGUUCAAGCGGCGCUCUCAAGAGAAGAAGAUGAACAAGUGGAGGCAGGAACUGGCGCAGGAGCGCGAGAUGCUGGUAGCCGAGCUACGCGCCGUCGAGCGCAAGCUGCGGGCGCUUGAGAAGCUCGAAGUCGCCAGCGAAGAGGAGGACAAGAAGAUGACAGCGCGCCAGAGGGCGCAGCUCGCCAGCCUGCGUGAAGAAAAGGAAGACUUGACUUACCAGCUGCGCAGGAACGAGUUCCAGACGAACCAAGUUUACGGCUUUCCCGGCGGAAAACCCGGCGCGGCUGGGGGGGUAGCAGGCGUGGCGGCGCGGGCCUCGCGCGCGUUCCGGGGCACGCGCGGAAAAGGAGUGGUGACGUCGUCUCGCAGUCAGCGAAGCGAGUCAGAGGACGAAACUGUUGCAGAGGAGGAGGAGGAGACCGAGGAGGAAGACGACUUCCCGCCGUCGGAAGGCGGUGUGACUGGGCACCGGCUUGGCGACGGAGGCACCGACUCUGCCGCGCGCGCGGGAGACAAGGACGGGGCAAUCUCAGGAGCCGAGCAGGCCGGUGCGAACAGCGAUGCAGGUGCGACAGAGACUGGAGCCGCUGCGGCGAAGCGGGAGAAGUCAGGGCGAGAGAAAGACACAAGGGAAGCCAAAACAGCCGACGCGACGGCAGGGCCGCGGAGGAAGAAAAACGGUGACGCUCGCCGCCCAAAGUCCGCCUUGGAAGAGGAAGACGAGGCCUUGGUGAGGGGCGACGGCGGCUUGCCAGCGGAGCGCAUGAGGUACAUGACGCAAAUUCUCCAAGAACAUCCUGGGCUGUCUCCUGCCGAGGCCAUUCAAAUGGCGAACCAGAUCCAAGCCAGCGAACAGGCCCGUGCACACCGAAGGUGGCCGUGA